AUGAACACUGUGAAGAAGGAAUGGGAGCAAUGUUCAUUUAGUUGGGACUGGGGCCCUUCUUUUCCCACUCAAGGAAUCUGGAAAGAUGUUAGGAUUGAGGCCUAUAACGAUUAUCACCUGAUUUACUUUUCUUUGACUUCUUUCUUUGAAAAGAGUGCUCAGCAGUGGAGUCUGGAAAUUGAGUCUAUUUUUGAUGUAGUCAGCUCCAAGCCAAUUGCAGGUCUUGUGACUGUGAACAUUCCCAAAUUGCAAACGCGGCAAACAUUCAGUGUGAAGCUUCAACCUGGAGAAGGCAGCAUUGUGCUGCUUGUAAACAUCAACAAGAGUUCUACAGUGGAGGCUUGGUGGCCAAAUGGACAUGGAAAGCAAACUGGAUACAACAUGACAACAACUUUCAUCAUGGAGGCAGGAUACCAGAUUGAGAAAUCUUCAAAGGCCUAUUUUCGGACAGUAGAACUUGUUCAGGAGCCUAUUCCUGGCUCACCAGGUCUGAGCUUCUACUUCAGAAUCAAUGGCCGACCCAUUUUCAUUAAGGGGUCAAACUGGAUUCCAGCAGAUUCCUUCCAGGACAGAGUGACCUAUGACACAUUAUGGCUACUCUUGAAGUCUGCAGCAGAUGCUAACAUGAACGCACUUCGUGUUUGGGGAGGAGGAGUAUAUGAACAAGAUGAGUUUUAUGAUAUUUGUGAUGAAAUAGGAAUAAUGAUUUGGCAGGAUUUUAUGUUUGCAUGUGCACUAUAUCCAACUGACCAGUAUUAUUUAGAAUCCAUAAGAGCAGAAGUUUCUCAUCAGGUAAGGCGUUUAAAAUCCCAUCCAUCAAUUAUUCUGUGGAGUGGUAACAAUGAAAAUGAAGCAGCAAUUGCAAGCAACUGGUUCUCCAUACCUUAUGCUGACAGAGAAGUCUAUAUCAAAGACUAUGUGAUGCUUUAUGUGAAGAACAUCCGAGAAAUUGUUCUUACUGAAGAUAAGAGUCGUCCUUUUAUAGCAUCCAGUCCCACCAAUGGCUUGGAGUCAGUUAAAGAAGGUUGGGUCUCCCAGAAUCCUUAUGAUACACAUUAUGGUGACACUCACUUUUAUGACUACAGCAGUGACUGUUGGAACUGGACAGUGUAUCCUAAAACGCGUUUUGCUUCAGAAUAUGGAUUUCAAUCCUGGCCUUCCUUCAGUACAAUUGAAAAGAUUUCCUCCACUGAGGACUGGUCCUACACAAGCAAUUUUUCUCUCCAUCGACAACAUCACGAAAAUGGCAAUGAUCAGAUGCUACAACAGAUUGGGUAUCAUUUCAAGCUUCCCCAGAGCACAGAUCCCAUAAAGAAGUUGAAAGAUACGAUUUACCUCACUCAGGUGAUGCAGGCUCAGUGUAUAAAGACAGAAACUGAAUUCUAUCGUUUUAGUCAAAGUGAAAUAAUCAAGGGAGAAGGACACACAAUGGGAGCUCUCUACUGGCAACUCAAUGACAUUUGGCAGGCACCUUCAUGGGCUUCCUUGGAGUAUGGUGGCAAGUGGAAACUGCUCCAUUAUUUUGCCCAGAACUUCUUUGCACCACUGCUGCCUGUGGCCUAUGAAGACAAAGGUGUGUUGUACAUUUAUGGUGUCUCAGAUCUUCAUGCAGACCACAAGCUGACUUUGAGGGUCGUUGUGCACAGCUGGAGUUCUUUGGAGCCAGUAUGCACCCUUGCUAAAGAAGGUGUGACUGUCAAAGCACAAAGUGCUGUCCCCAUCUACAAGGAGUCCAUAGAUGACUUGCUGGAAAGAUGCAGAAAUUGCACCAGGAAAAGCUGCGUUAUUACUUUCUGUCUUGUGGGAGAAGGUGGGCUCCAGAGUCCUACGAACCAUCACUUCCUUUCAUCGCUAAAGGAUGCUGUAGGAUUAGAAAAGAGCCAUAUUAGUGCCUCUGUAUCCCAACAAGAUGACAUUUAUAUAUUUGUUCUUCAUACCACUGCAAUUGCUCCUUUUGUUUCUCUGGAUGUAGGGAGUAUAAAAGGCAGAUUUAGUGAUAAUGGUUUCCUCAUGACUGAACAGAAGAAAGUGGUUGUGUUUUAUCCUUGGGAACCUACCUGUGUUGAAGAACUAGAAAAGUCACUAACCUUGACCUCUCUGGUGGACGUUGUCUGAGGAUACUUCAUUUUCUUCUAGAUAAGGAGCGAAACAGGAGGAGGAAAAAAAAUGAGAAGAAUUUGACUAAAGUUAAAGUGAUGUACAAAUUGA